GGGCUCUGCCUGUGUCGCCGAGACGCGGUGCCGCGCCGGACGCCCGCUGCGGGGAGGGGGGAGCCCAGGUCCCCGGGAGCCUUUCAGAGACGUAGCUGGCCCCGGUCCGGGCUCGUCCCGUGCCGCCGCGGGCAUGGCGCCCUGAGGGACUGACUGAGGUCCCCUGGAGGAGGCCACCCACCACCGCGCGCUGCAUGCCAGGCCAGACAGAAGGGGGACUCGGCCAACCCAGCCCUCGUGAGUGACCGCCAGCACCACCCAGGCCCCUGUGGGCCGGAGACGUCCAGAACCACCGCAGCGGGAGCCGUGCACUUCCUCAUGCCUGGGGGCUCUCGCUAGCGAUGGCCCGGCCCCCCCACUUCCUGCUGCUGCUGCUGCUGCUGGGGCGGCUGGCCCGGGGCUCCGGCUCCACCGAGGCGCCUGGCGAUCUGGAAUACCAGCUCCCCCGCCCGCACUAUGAGACAGAAGGGGAGAUCGCCGGGGCAGAGAGGAUCCCAGGCGCGCUCAGGUGGCUGCCGAGCGCCUUCCUCGGCCUGGUGAUGCCGAAAGCUUUUCCCGAAGAUAUUUUACGAGAAGUUUAUCGGAACAAGUUUGAAUUCAGAUCUAGUCAUGACUCGAUUAUUGCCUACGAGCUCGGGGUUCUUAUUUGUGUUUCCCUGGGACUCCUCUUCAUCACCCUGAUGCCUCUGGUGGGGUUGUGCUUCUGCCUGUGUCGGUGCCUUGGCAAGUGCGGAGGGGCGAUGCACCAGCGGGAGAAGGCCCAGGGGCCCGCCCUGCGGCGCUACUUUGCAGUCUCCCUGCUGGUGAUUUCCAUCCUCAUUAGCGGUGGCAUCGUCUGUGUGUUUAUAGCAAACCAUUACAUGAGGAACCUGGGAACCAGCACCUGGAAGCUGGCAGACAGUAACAUAAACGACCUGAGAACCUUCCUGAACUCCAUCCCAGAGCAAAUCGAUUACAUGGUGGAGCAGUAUCACCCCACCAAGGAAAGAGCGUUCUCCGACCUGGACAAUAUUAGACCGCUGCUCGGAGACAGAAUCCACGAGGCGCUGAAGCCCACAGUGUCCCCUGUCCUCACGGACGUCCUGACCAUGGCCCAGGUAAUCAGAAGGACCAAAGAAGGACUGACAUAUGUGACCAGGAACCUGACGGAGCUGAAAACGUUGACCAGACGCCUCGGCAGCAGCCUGCGCCAGGUCCAGGGCAACCUGGAGCAAACGCUCAACAACGACUGCAGGUUCGAGCCCAGCUGUUCAAAGCUUCGAUCAUAUUUAAGUGACCUGGACGACAACAGCACCGUGGCCCAGCUUCCAUCUCUAGAUGACAAAGUUAAUAGUAUCAACAAUGUGGACAGAAUCGAUUUGUUCAGCCUGGUCAAACGGGGCAAUGAAACCUUUAAUGACAUCCCUAAGAUGGUGGAAAAGCAAACUCAAGUUCUCAUAUCAGAUAUCAAAGAGAAGCUGAAUUCUUCUGGCCACAAACUGGACAACAUACGCAACGAGCUUCCUAUCCAUGACUUGGUGUCCAAGUUCUCCAAGCACCUCGACGACGCUGGAAACAGCCUUGGCCCCUACCUGCCCCUGGUGGAAAGAUACAACCUGUACCGGUGGAUCGUCACUCUGAUUCUCUGCUUCUUGCUGGCCCUGAUAGUGACUUUCUAUUUCCUGGGCUUGCUAUGUGGCACGGUUGGCUACGACAAGAGGGCCACCCCGACAACCCGAGGCUUGUUCUCAAACACCGGCGGCAUCUUCCUCAUGAUCGGGGUCGGACUCAGUUUCCUCGUCUGCUGGGUAAUCAUGGCCUUUGUGCUGCUUACUUUCGUCCUCGGCGGCAAUGUGCAGAAACUGGUCUGUGAGCCUUACCAGAGCCGGAAGCUGUUCCAGGUUCUGGACACGCCGUACCUGCUGAACGAGCGCUGGAAAUACUACCUCUCGGGACUGAUCCUAGACGACCCGGAGGUGCCUCUCACUUUUGAAGACACUUACAGACACUGCAAGGAGAAUAGAGGGGCGUAUGCGACGCUGAAGCUGGAGCAGAAGUACAACAUGACGGACAUGUUCAGCAUCGAAAAGCUGACCGGCCCGGUGAGACAGCACUUGGAGGACCUGCAGGUGGACCUGAGCAGAGUCGUCCUGCUGGACGACAGCGGAGUACAAGGCCUGAGGGACUGCAGCUCCUCGGGGGUCCGGGAGAUCGAUUACAACGUGUUCUUAACCGAGAUAAACAAACCUCCCACCAGAGGGAAUCUUCUGCUAUUUGCAGCCAAAGUAGAAACAGAAGUCAACAAUUUCGCCCAGGCGGCCCAGCGGGAGGCGCUGCUGAGGGAGGCCCAGGAGGUCCGGCGCAUCCACCAGGAGCUUCUCGCCCCGCAGCAGCAGGCCUCGCGCCGUACAGACCAAAGCCUCCGGGAGCUGCAGGCCAUAGCCAGUAACCUGGAGGAGAAAGUGGACUCGGUCAUCUCCACCCUGGCGUCCGCACAGGACUUCAUACACGCCAACGCCUCUUCUGUGGUCCGCAAAGAAAUUCAGAGGUACGUGAACUCCAUCAUCGAGUACUUUGAGCUCUACCUGCAGUGGGUCCGCAGAUCGAUCACUGAGGAGGUUGCGGCCUGCAAGCCCGUGGCUACCGCCCUGGACUCGACCGUCGAAAUCCUUCUGUGCCGUUACAUCGUAGACCCCCUGAAUCUGUUCUGGUUCGGCCUCGGAGAAGCCACCUUUCUGCUGCUCCCGGCUCUGAUUUUCGCCGUCAAGCUGGCCAAGUACUACCGCCGCAUGCAGUCAGAGGACGUGUACUAUGAUAAGAGACAUGCUAUUUGGGGUUUACAUAGACAUUAUCCCAUGUGGAGUCUAUGAACAGUUUCUAAAUACAUGCAGAUACUCCAGUCGAGGAUCUGGUGCUGGAAAGGGCCCAGCCCCGGCCACCAGAGCCCUGUGAGCAUCCCGAGGCCCCACCGGCCGCCCGAGAGCCGGGAGGAAGCACAGGAGCCAGUGAAGCUUUAGUCGGACUGUGACCGCUCCCGCCAAGAGACCUCUGUGUUUGUUUCUGAGCCAAUAUUCAGAACCCGGCGUGAAUCAGUCGUGUCUCAUCGGGUGGGACCCUAGGACUGUAAACUGGCAAGGAACAGUUGUGUGUGCAGACAAUAAA